AUGAAAGAUGAGCAAGACACGCCAUCUUACGCGCAGGCUCUCACUGGAGACAAGGCAAACCAAGCUGUUGUCGACGAUACUGGGACUUCAGUUCGGGGCUCUGCUGAGGGUGAGAAGGGCGCAAAACUGGUGCUGCGUCCGAGAGGACGCUUCACCCCUGAGAGCAGGCCAGCGCGAAGGCAAACGGCACCAGGAGCGACCAACGAGCAACCCAAGCCGUGCCAGGAUCACGCUCCUGGCCUUUCUACUCCAGCCCCUGUACACAGCUCUCACACAAACGCGCCGGCGUCACCCUCGCCACUUCCUACCAGCCACGCCCGGGAGCUGGUGGAGCUCACAUCUACUCCUGAAGCAACACAGAACUCCCCUUCUCCGCUAUACAAUGGUUCCACCAGCUUUCAGUCAGUGGCAUCGACGGCACAGCCAACCGCAACCUCUGGAGAGAGAUCGACAAGAUGUUCGACGAUCCCACCUGGAAAUUGGCGCGACCACCAGGCCGCCCGAUCUGCCAACUUAACGCGCAAUCCACUUCACAGCAGCGAACUCAGAACGCGCGACCAUGGGAUCCGUUUCUCAGAGCAGAAGCCUGGCGUGAUCUUCUGCCGCUGGGAUAUCCGCUACGCCACAGAUCCGAACGUCAAGCUGGGAGAUCCUUACAUUAUUGAGGGCUCCGAUGGGAGGCUGGUAUCCAAGAAAGAGCGCCUUUUUGCAAUCGUCGACACCGAUGAGGAGCGGCAGCUGGUUGAGGAGUCUCCCUUGUACACUUUCGAUGACAAGGGUCUCGCCGAGAAGCCUGAGAGUUCGUGGUGGCAGUAUCUAUCAGUGAUACCGAAAGGCAUGGACGAGAGGGACUUCAAGAACCAGAGUCCGGAUAACCCGGUCUUGAGGGUGCAUCAUGGUGUUGGAUUGAACAAGACUACGAUCGUGGUGAAGUACACGGAGCUUUUCAAGCGACCGAUGGACUGCGAUGAGUUGAGGCGGGUUGGAGAGUUUGAUGCACGGAGUACGGAGAUUUUGGGCGAUUUCGUAGAUCGUGUGAUUCCCAAGGAAGCGUGUACUUGCGGGUGUUACGAACGCUCGGCGGAUGGGGCAGGCUGA